AUGUAUUUCAUUUGCAAACUAGACACCGAGUCUCUCCCAGAAGCUGUUUCAAUAGCCACCAGAGAAACAUUUGAAGACCCUCUAAACCUUUUAAAAGUGGUCAACCAAUCAGAAAGAUCCAAACGUUACAAUCUCACUGCAUGUGUGUCACCUUUAUUUGGCAAUUUUGACAAUUUUAUCCAGCUGAUUGAAUGGAUCGAGUUGAACAAGUUGCUAGGAAUUGAGCACUUUAACUUUUACAUCUCAGAUGUUUCAAAAAAUGUAUGGACUGUCCUGGAUUACUACCAAAGCAAAGGUGAAGCUGAACUUUUACCAUGGACGUUGCCUUUGACAGAGGAAGACGUUCACUACAACGGACAAUUGGCUGCUAUAAAUGAUUGUCUUUAUAGAAAUAAACAUUCUACAGAAUGGCUUCAAGUUACGGAUCUGGAUGAAUUUAUCGUCCCUCAAAAUGAUACUACAUAUUCAAUACUUGAUGUUCUGAGAGACUAUGAUGAUGCCACAGAAGUUGUUUUUAGACAUGCUCAUUUUUUGUCUAGCGUGAGAAUGCCCCCAGCAAAGAAGAAGACUAGCAAAUAUGGUGAUGAUUUAAUCAAACAUCUAACAUCACAAAAUUUGUUUUUGAUGUCCAGUAAUAUUCUACCUGCGAAUGCAAGGUCAAAGAUCAUUGUCAAACCAAGACAUAUUGUGACAAUGGGAAUACACCAAGUUUGGGCUGCAAUGGUUGGUCAUGUGUUAAAAGUUGUGGAUGUUAAUGUUUGUAUCUUGCAGCAUUACAGAGAUACUCUAGAUGGUGUUGAUAGUUCUGCAAUGGUGUUAAACAAUGCGACUUUAAGAUAUAAACAGUUAGAAGAUAGAGUUGGAUCUGUAUUAGAAGCUGUGAAUUUAAAUAUAUGA